AUGCCGCGUUCCAAAUCUGUCGACAACCCAACAAACCAUCUGUCACAAGGCGAAGGCCCAUUCCGACUCACAGAGUACAAACAUGUGAACAAGCCCCAUCCACUUGGCAUAAGGAAGAAUUUCAAGCCUAACCAGCAGCCCAUUCAUGGUGGAGAAUUUCAGGACAAAACUACACAGAGUAACCAUGGAAAAAAUGAAACUAAUUACAGGACGGACUACCAUGCCCACCCCCUGGAGCGUCCGUUCGUGCACAAGCCUGACCAGUAUGUCAAGCCACAAGGGGACAUGGAUAAUAUGACCUCAUACAAACAGGAAUAUGUUGAAAAACAUGCACCACCAGCAAAAGCAAUAAGGAACGAUGGCCAGAGAAUGAUACCAGCGAAAUUUGAAGGAGAACCGACAUACAGAAGUGAUUACAAGAAAUGGGAUGGUUCCAGGCCACAGCCGUAUGGAAUGCAGACUGCAUGGGAACCGCCAAAGUCUAAGUUCGAGGGGCAAACAACAUUCCAGACAGACUACCGAAGCAAAGAGCUCGCCCCACGACAAAGUUUCAAGCCUACGGACGCCGCAAAAAUGUCCGACACGCCUUUUGAGGACCGCACCAGUCACAGAGAUGCUUAUAUUCAGCAUGCCAUGCCUGCAAGGUACCAGAGGGAGAGGGAGCAAUACCGCCCAACUGAAGCACAGUUUAAUGGCCUGAGCACCUUCAGGAGGGACUACAAGGGCGCUUUAGGCGAGCCGACCGCCAGCUUUAAGCCCGCGGGUCAGGCAUUCCAAUCGGAGGCCCUGUUUGAAGACUCCACCACCAACAGACACGACUUCAAGAAGUGGCCGAUGGAGCGACCCUUCGUUCACACCCACGAACCUUACAAGAAGCCUGCUGGUGAAAUGGAGAUGAGUACGACCCACAAGUCAACAUACAAGGCGAUGCCAAUAGACCGUGUCGUUGCUAGGAGACCUGUCUCUGCACCACAGUCCAGUGCACCACUUGAUGGCACUACCAACUACAACUCUGACUACAAAAAGUGGAAUGGAGAACGGGCACAGAUGCCCAGACAGCCCGACUAUGUUCCCAACAAUGCUCCUUUCGAAGGCAAUUCGACCUACACAGGUCACUAUGUCCCACACAAGGUGCAGCCGGCGCACUCAUUCCGCCCAGACAACAAUGGUUUCCGUAGCGACGCUCAGUUUGAUGACCACACCAUGUACCGCCAGGACUACACCGCGAAACCAUUGGAGGAAAAUGUGUUAAUUUUCUCCCUUGACGAGCACCUGUUUGUGGACGAGUCUACAUAA